AUGUCCAAUCAACAUGAUGAAGCAGUACUGCUUUUCACUCAAUUCGCGAGCAUCCCAUCGUAUUCGGCCGCAUCCGUCAUCACCAAUUCUAAUGGAUCAGGCAUCACGAUAAGCUUGACUUCGACAAUUCGUGAUAUUGAACGCAAAGUCAAACGGAAAUUCCAAACCGUACUCAGUGCUACACUUUCUGCUGAUGGGAAACUCGAGAAUGCCACGUCUGGAUAUCCGGUAGAUGUGGAAAAUGUCUCGCUGGAGUCAACAUCAACUUCUGGACUUUUGUGUUGCGCACGAAGUAUCGUCGAGAAGGACUCUAAGAAGAAGCGCUUUAUUGAGAUUUUCAACAAGACGUCAAUGCUUCACCAAAUCGACGUUACUGACCGUCAUGGAGAAUUUUACAAUGACGGUGAAAUGCGAAUUUACAAGUCAAAUGCUCUACCUUUUCUUACGUCAGAAAAUUUAGAGACCUUUGGUGCUCUCUCGUGGUCGCCGGACGAGCACCACAUCGCAUAUGUAGCUGAGAAGAACAGGUCAACUGACGGCUUUCAGAAAUUUGCAUACGAGCCUGAUUUUGGCGAAGGAUAUACAAAGAAGGCACCUCCAGUGAUUGUCGUCAUCACUCUCCCAUCUUGUGAGGUCCAAGUUCGGCUCUCACCAUGCGCAGUUGGUCAACCUCUGUUUCUGGACAACGACAAGCUGCUUUAUUUGCAAGUGCCAACUCAACCUAUAAACUAUGGCAUUCGAUUUUGCACUAAUCGUAUUAUGAACCUUGCUACGAUAUCUAUCUCGUCGCAAGAGAUUGAGACGCUGUCGACUCCGUCCGGCUUUAAUGCUCGAUACCCGCGAAUAACACCUGAUCGAAAGCACCUAAUCUACAUAUCAAAUCGAGUCGGGGGACCACACAAUUCGACUUGUAGGAUCAUGAAAAGUAAUUUGGUUGAUGGCAAAGUUGGAUCAGCACAAUUAUUAGUGGAUAUGAAACCUUUGACUGAUGAGAUACCUGGAUUGUAUUUGGACAAACUGUCAACUGCCUGUUUUGCUGUCGUCAAAGAUACGACAUACUUGUUGUGUACUACGAUAGCACGCUGUCAGCUCGUUAUGGUGGCUAUUGACGUUGAAUCAGGAAAAGUCGUAAAACUGGACACAGAGCCAAGUGUCCCUGGUCAAGAUGUUUUGGAAAAUGUCGUAUUUUCGACAGUGACGCUUCACAAAAAUCUGGACUAUAUACUCGUAUCACCCAAGCAAGCCACAUCGAAAGGAACCAUCGUAUAUCCGCAUGGAGGGCCACAUUCAGCAUUCACGACAGAUUGGAGUUUGUAUUGUGUUUGUCUCUGCUUGCUAGGAUAUUCUCUUGCUUUGGUGAAUUACACAGGUUCAGUCGGUUAUGGAGAGGAGAGUAUUCAGGCCUUGAUCGGCAAAGUUGGAGAAACGGAUGUUGAGGAUGUUCAUCAAGUGACUCAAGCCUUGAUCAAAGAUGGGGGUGGAAAGAUGGCUCUGCUGGGUGGUAGUCAUGGAGGAUUCUUGACUGCUCAUCUGCUUGGUUUAUAUCCCGACGUUUACAGAUGUGGAGUGUUGAGAAAUCCCGUUAUCAAUGUCGGAGCCAUGUACGCGAACACUGAUAUCCCGGACUGGACAUUUGCUGAAAGUGGAGUAUCAUUUGUGUUUGAGACGCCUCCCGUCCUUUCAUCUGCAGACUACACAACUAUGUAUAACAAGUCACCAGUGUCGGUAGCUGCAAAUGUCAAAGGACCCGUCCUUUUGUUGUUGGGAGAAGGAGACCGUCGCGUUCCACCAUCAGAAGGACUUCGGUGGUCCCAGUAUCUCAAAGGUCGCAAUGUUGAUGUGACGGUGUUGAUGUUUCCAGAUACGGGUCAUGCUCUAGACUCUGUUGAAAGUGAAGUGUUCGGGUUUUACGCUCUUGCGAAUUUCUAUUCUCAGAGAUUCAUAUGA